UCUUCUCACUCCGUCUAAAUCAAAAAAUCAACCAAUCCGUCCUUCAAUCUCUCGACCCCUCUUCCAGAAACACUUUCACAAUGGCUCCCAAAGUCGCAAUCGUUUUCUAUUCCAUGUAUGGCCACAUCAAGGCGCUUGCCGAAGCCGAGAAGGAGGGCUUGAAGAAGGCUGGCAUUGAAGCCGACAUCUUCCAAGUUCCGGAGACUCUUCCGCAGGAGGUUUUGACCAAGAUGCACGCCCCUCCCAAAUCCGACUAUCCAGCCAUCGACGCUGCAACCCUCGAAAAGUACGAUGCUUUCCUCUUCGGCAUCCCAACCCGUUACGGCAACUUUCCAGCACAAUGGAAGGCAUUCUGGGACACGACUGGCAGCCAAUGGGCUUCCGGUGGUUACUGGGGUAAAUUUGCUGGUGUCUUUGUCUCUACUGGAACCCAAGGUGGUGGACAAGAGAGUACCGUUAUUGCAUCUUUGUCAACCUUGGCCCACCAUGGCAUAAUCUAUAUCCCACUAGGAUAUAAGCAUACCUUCUCCCAACUCUCGACUCUUACUGAGAUGCGCGGUGGUUCUCCAUGGGGAGCUGGAACUUUCUCGGGCGCCGACGGAUCCCGCAUGCCUUCUACUCUCGAGCUUGAGCUGGCAACCAUCCAGGGCGAACAGUUCGGAUUGGCUGUUUCCAAGGUCAGCUUCGCUUGACUAGAUGGCCCAAAAGACGGGGCAGCUGGAGGGAAGACUGAGACG